UACAUUUACACAAGUCAGAGAGGAAGGGAAGGGAAAGAAUACUGUCACUAUCGCAGAAAAAGAGAGACCGAAGGCGACUUCCAGAGCGCUGGUUAUCGCUGGUGCGGGCAUGCGGAGGAAGCAUAGUUAUGAUACUGGCGUUGGUCUAUUGGAGGACAUCGAGGAAGUCGAAUCAGUCCUUGAGAAAGACUCGGUACUCAAUCAGGCUUUCCUCGAUGGAGACGCUGACGAAGACUACAUGGAAGCAGAGGGAGGUGAAGACGACAUGGAGACACUCGUCGAAAUUGACGGCGAGCUGUACAAAGAAAAGGAGGUUGAAAUCGAGGUCUCGGACUCUGAGCCUCCGAGCGAUGUUGAGUCUGACGCUGGGCCUCAGGACGGAUGUGGGAUCAAGCGCAAGCGGACUAUUAGGGUUGUUAUCAGGUCCAGGGCGUUUCUCUGAGUGCAUGGUUGUCGAUAUUGGGAUGCAAUGAUUGCUUGGUUUGGCUUGAUGGCGUUCUAGCGAUAUAUCAUGGUUGCGCUGUUUGGUCUUGCAAUGAUAUUUCUUUACUUCGGUC